AUGUCUAGCUGCCGGACAAGUUUUGUGUCGAUUUUGAACAAUGAUGAUAACCCGGCAUUCGCGGUUCGAUCGACUUACGAGAUAGCCAAACCAUAUUCCACCUCGUCACAUCAGUAUCCACGGGAACAGCCCCCAUCAAGGAGCACGGCAGAUUACCACUAUGGCCGGACGUACUCGGACUCGCCAUCGCCCAACUUGACACGGCCACCAUUCGAUCCCGUCACAGAGGCCGCCCGCCCGGCAUCACCGGGAUCUUCAGAUUGUUCUUCAUACGACUACACGCACAGCUCUAUUGCAGCCUCUUACCACCACCACCAUCCUGGCCGCCAUGAUCCCUAUGCUUACCACCCUCAUGGGGAUAAGCGGCUCAGCGCUAACUCUAUGGCCGAACCGCCGUCGCCUCAAACAUCGAUCGCUAGCACGUCGAAGGAGUCAGUCGGCCCCAAGCCGGCUCGCAAGAACAAGUACCCUUGCCCAUUCGCCGCAAGCCACGCCUGCACUGCCACGUUUACUACUUCGGGGCAUGCGGCACGGCACGGCAAGAAACAUACCGGAGAGAAGAGCGUACACUGCCCGAUUUGCAACAAGGCGUUUACCCGAAAAGACAACAUGAAGCAACAUAUUCGCACGCAUCGAACGCACUCCGAGGAUAUGUCAUCAAACGCUACGCCGCGCAGCAUGGACACGAGCCGAGAAUGGACGCCUAGGCGGUACGAGAACUAG